AUGGUUUCUGUGACCACCAUCUUAAAGUUGGGUCCUCGGGGGAGGACAGGAUGGAGGGGCUGGGCCCGUGGGGGUCCUGGGCUAAGGGAUAGGGUGUGGGAGGGGUGUGGAGUGGGGUUCAGAAAUGUCUGCACAGUGGGGGGAGUCCCAAAGGCUUUUUCCUUGGAUGGCACACUUGCUCCCGUGUCCCAGCCCCGGGUCUGGGCUGAGGAUGGUGGACUGUGCCAGGGAUGGACCCACCGGAGCACAAGGGAAGGUUGUUGUCCUGGGGCCUCCCCGGACUCCUGUCAGUGCCUUCGGCCCUCCAGAGGGAGCCUGGAGCUUGGGGGUGGGGAUGAGUUUGUCAAGCACAAUCGUUCUCUGAGUGGAACCAAAGAGGGAGGAGCCAGGGCCCCCCAGGAGUAUGGCAGGGCCCCACGGCCACAGCCACAGCCAUGCCAGAACAGGGCAGAGGAGGGUGGCCUCUGUCGCUGUGGGUCUGAGCGUGCCAAGUGGGCGGGGCUCCUGGCUUCCUCCACGCUUCGGGCUGUUGCAGAAGAUAAUGUGGAGGGAAGGGAGAGCACCUGGUACCUGCACACCCUGCUCCUCCUUAUUCUGAAAUCCGUGCCCCUCUGCUUCGGGGGAUGCACCGUUUUUCCUUUUCCUCCUCACUUUUGCAUGUUUUACUGA